AUGGCGACUGCAGCAGAGGCACCGGCAAGCGGUGGAAAUGGCGGAAAUGCGCACUUCCGCAACAAGGAGAAGCCCUUGGCUGUCCGCUCCUCCAACAUUGUCGCCGCACGAGCGGUUGCCGACGCCAUCAGAACCUCACUGGGACCACGCGGCAUGGACAAGAUGAUACGUAGCGGGAAGGGCGAGACGAUAAUCACAAACGACGGCAGCACCAUGUUGCAGAGCAUGUCCGUCCUCCACCCUACAGCCAAGAUGCUCGUCAACCUCUCCAACGCACAAGAUGUCGAGGCCGGUGAUGGUACAACAUCAGUGGUGGUCAUCUGUGGUGCCCUGUUGGGCGCAGCCGACCGUCUGCUGUCAAAAGGCAUUCACCCCUCCGUCAUUUCCGAGUCCUUCCAGCGAGCUGCGACUGCCGCCGUAGAGGUCCUCCACGACAUGUCACAACCCAUCGCUCUCACGGAUACCUCGGCGCUUCUUCAAGCCGCGAACACCUCACUCUCCUCAAAGAUCGUCUCGCAAUACGCCAACCUGCUCGGCCCCAUGGCCGUCAACUCCGUUACCAAAACCAUAGACCUCAAGACCGCAGACAACGUGGAUCUGAAGAACAUCCGGACCAUCAAGAAGGUCGGCGGUACAAUUGAGGAUAGCGAGUUGGUGGAUGGCGUGGUUCUCACCCAGCCUGUGAUCAAGAAUGCUGGCGGUCCCAUUCGCAUGGAGAAGGCCAAGAUCGGUCUCAUCCAGUUCCAGCUCAGCCCGCCCAAGCCAGACAUGGAGAACACAAUCUCCGUCAACGACUACCGCCAAAUGGACAAGAUUGUUAAGGAGGAGCGCAUGUACUUGUUGAAUAUGGCCAAGAAGAUCAAGAAGUCCAAGUGCAACGUCUUGCUCAUCCAGAAGUCCAUUCUCCGAGAUGCUGUCAACGACUUGUCACUCCACUUCCUCGCCAAACUCAACAUUCUAGUUGUCAAGGACAUUGAGCGUGACGAAGUCGAAUUCAUCUGCAAGUCCACUGGUUGCAAGCCUGUCGCGGACAUCGACUCCUUCACUGAGGACAAGCUCGGUAGCGCUGACCUCGUGGAGGAGGCGCAGUCCUCAGGAGCGCGCAUGGUCAAAAUCACUGGCACCAAAUCUGUCGGCAAAACCGUUUCCGUCGUCGUUCGGGGUGCAAACGCCCUUAUCCUUGACGAGGCGGAGCGUUCACUCCACGAUGCCCUUUGCGUGGUGCGAUGUCUGGUCAAGAAGAAGGCGCUGAUUGCAGGUGGUGGUGCUCCAGAGAUAGAGAUUGCCGCUCAGCUGUCGAAACAAUCACGAGAGCUGACAGGUACGGAGGCCAUCUGCUGGAAGGCCUUCGCGGAGGCUAUGGAGGUGGUCCCGACGACACUGGCCGAGAAUGCUGGCCUGAACCCAAUCAGAGUUGUCACCGACCUGCGACACCGCCACGAAUUGGGCGAGAGGAACGCGGGUGUGAGCAUCAAGAGUGGAGGUGUCAACUCCAACAUCGCCAAGGAGAACGUGCUCCAGCCGCUGCUGGUGAGCACGAGCGCAAUUGAGUUGGCGGCUGAGACGGUCAAAAUGAUCCUCAGAAUAGACGACAUUGCACUCAGUAGAUAA